UUCCUUCCUACUGUUUUCCCUGCUUCCUAGGCAUUCUUGUCUCUUAGCAACCCGAAGAGGUGCAUUGUGGGUUUAAGAGUACAGGGCCCUUUUGGAGCCCAUUUGGGUGGGGGGGAAGAAAGACAAGGAAGGAGCCACAUUAAGAAGAAACUGACCAAUUGGCCUCUUGCUGCAACUCCUGCCUGAUAUGAACUAGUCCUUCACUGAGGCUAACAUGAUGAAAAAUGUCCACCUGGCACCUGAAGCAGAUGAAGAUGAUCUUUAUUCUGGUUACAAUGACUAUAACCCUACAUUUGAUACAGAGGAUUUAGAAAAUGAUCCAGCUUUUCAACAGGCUGUGAAAACUAGUCAUGGUAGAAGACCUCCACUUACAGCCAAAGUUCCAGGUACAUCCAGUUCACGAACUUUAGCUACCGGAUAUGGGUCAAAGACAAUGCUCUCUUCAUCCACUGGCAGACCAAUGACAGCAACUGUACAGGAUGGAGUUGCUCGACCUAUGACAGCAGUUCAGGCAGCAGGUUACACAAAAGCAACUUCAAGAGGUGCUGCAUUUGAUCCUCUUGGCCAAGCUAGGGGACCAGCUCCUCCUCUAGAAACAAAAAAUGAAGAUAGUCCAGAAGGAAAGAUUAAACAGUUGGAGAAAAAAGUAAAUGAGUUGGUUGAAGAAAGCUGUAUUGCUCAUAGUUGUGGAGAUUUAAAGUUGGCUCUUGAGAAAGCAAAAGAUGCUGGAAGAAAAGAAAGAGGACUUGUAAGGCAACGUGAACAGACAAUAUCUCUUGCUACCAUGAAUCUAGAUCUUUCUUACACUGUACUUUUCAAUUUGGCUAGCCAAUAUGCUGCUAAUGAAAUGUAUGCAGAAGCAUUAAAUACCUAUCAGGUUAUAGUGAAAAACAAGAUGUUUGUUAAUGGAGGCACGCUGAAGGUGAACAUGGCAAACAUCUAUUUGAAACAGAGAAACUAUUCAAAGGCCAUCAAAUUCUACCGAAUGGCUCUAGAUCAAAUUGCAAGUAUCCAUAAGGAGAUGAGGAUUAAAAUAAUGCAGAACAUUGGAAUUGCAUUUAUUAAAACUGGCCAGUAUACUGAUGCCAUUAGCUCAUUUGAGCACAUUAUGAGCACUUCACCAAGCCUGAAAGCAGGCUUCAAUUUGAUCCUUUGCUAUUUUGCUACUGGAGACAGAGACCAAAUGAAAAAAGCUUUUCAAAAAUUAAUUGCUGUUCCACUGGAAAUUGAUGAUGACGACAAGUAUAUUUCACAAGGAGAUGAUACACAUACAAACCUAUUAAUAGAGGCGAUUAAAAAUGAUAGUUUACGACAAAUGGAACGUGAAAGGAAAGCUACAGCAGAAAAAUACAUCAUGACAGCUGCUAAAUUAAUUGCUCCAGUAAUUGAAACAUCAUUUGCAGUUGGCUAUGAUUGGUGUGUAGAAGCAGUAAAAGUUUCUCAGUACGUCGAAUUAGCCAAUGACCUGGAAAUCAAUAAAGCAAUUACAUAUUUGCGGCAAAAGGAUUUUAACCAGUAUGAAGAGGCUGUGGAGACAUUAAAGAUGUUUGAAAAAAAGGAUAGCAGAGUUAAAAGUGCAGCUGCAACAAACCUUUCCUUUCUUUAUUUCCUGGAAAAUGAAUUUACACAGGCCAGCAACUAUGCAGAUUUAGCUGUAACUUCUGAUAGAUACAACCCAGCUGCUCUUACAAAUAAAGGAAAUACCAUUUUUGCAAAUGGAGACUAUGAAAAAGCAGCAGAGUUUUAUAAAGAAGCUCUAAGGAAUGAUUCUUCAUGCACUGAAGCACUUUAUAAUGUUGGUUUAACAUACAAAAAGCUGAACAGGUUAGAUGAGGCACUAGAUUCUUUUCUGAAGCUUCAUGCUAUCCUUCGAAAUAGUGCCCAGGUUCUUUUCCAAAUAGCAAGCAUAUAUGAAUUAAUGGAGGAUCCAAAUCAGGCCAUUGAGUGGCUUAUGCAGCUUAUCAGUGUUGUUCCAACAGACUCGCAUGCAUUAGCAAAACUUGGGGAACUCUAUGAUAAUGAAGGGGAUAAAUCACAAGCUUUUCAAUAUUACUAUGAGUCCUAUCGGUAUUUCCCUUCAAACAUUGAGGUCAUUGAGUGGCUUGGAGCCUAUUACAUUGACACACAAUUUUGUGAAAAAGCUAUUCACUACUUUGAAAGAGCAGCACUUAUUCAGCCAACUCAGGUGAAGUGGCAAUUGAUGGUUGCUAGCUGCUACAGAAGAAGUGGUAACUACCAAAAAGCCCUUGAUACCUACAAGAUGAUUCACAGAAAAUUUCCAGAUAAUGCUGAAUGUUUACGUUUCUUGGUCCGACUAUGCACAGACAUGGGCUUGAAGGAAACCCAAGAGUAUGCAGCUAAGCUUAAGAGAGUGGAAAAACUGAAAGAAAUAAGGGAACAGCGUGUCAAGUCUGGCAGAGAUGGCAGCGCUCGUGCCCGCAGAGAAGGGAGUGCUGGUGGUGAUCCUGGUAGCAUUACUGUUAAAGGGGAACGUCUGAGUGCUAAACUGAAGUCUUUGCCAGGGACAAAUGACCCAUAUGAAAGCAGUGUUAGUAAAGAAAUAGAUGCCUCCUAUAUGGACCCACUUGGACCCCAAGUUGAGAGACCAAAAACUGCCAUGAAGAAAAGAAUGGAUGAAGAUGAAUUUGCUGAUGAAGAACUAGGAGAUGAUUUGCUUCCUGAAUAAAAGAAAAUGGGGGAAACGGGGGGGGGGGGGAG